AGAGGACACACUCCGCUUUAUUGUUGAUUAACUUUUAAUCGCUCGGCGGGCCCUCUCCCCCCUGAAAGGGACAUCCUCGCUUUAAGAGCCACUGACUCCCCGGCCUCUGGGACCGAUGUCGUGCUGCUCAGGCCGCCGCCAGGCCCUGUGAUACUCUCUGGCUGUCCGCCUGUCUCCGGCUUGCAGCCUCAGGGGUUGGGGAGGUGGCGAAGUACAUCACUGACUGACCGCAGGCUCGGCCCCGGUCACAGGCCAAAUCGCCCCGCUGUGUGAGGGAUCUGCUACCGGGAGGUAAAGACCCGACCGGACAACAGCAGCAGUAGAAAUGAUGGAAGAAUUGCACAGUCUGGAUCCACGGCGACAGGAGCUACUGGAAGCCAGGUUCACUGGGAUGGGCGUCACCAAGAUGCCAGUAAAUGAAUCGUCCAAUCAGAGCUUGUGUAGCUUGGGAUCUCUGAGUGAUAAGGAAUCUGAGACACCCGAAAAGAAACAAAGUGAGCAGCGAGGGAGGAAACGAAAAGCGGAUCCGUACAAUGAGGCCAAUCAAGGCAAAGGCACUCCAAGGGGUCAUAAAAUUAGUGACUACUUUGAGUUUGCUGGCGGCAGUGUCACAGGCACAAGUCCAGGGCGGAGUGUACCUCCCGUAGCUCGUUCAUCCCCACAGCAUUCCUUAUCAUAUUCAUCACCUUCUGUUCAGCAUGGCAGUCCUUCGUCAGUGGGAUCGGCCAACACAGAACAUUCCUGUAGUUCACAAAAGAUCAUUAAUGUACAACACAAACAAUUACAGACAGACUUCACGCUGGAAAAACUAACUGCCCUGGAAAGCAGUAAAAAUUCUGACCUGGAGAAAAAGGAGGGAAGAAUUGACGAUUUACUAAGGACAAAUUGUGAUUUAAGAAGACAAAUAGAUGAACAACAGAAAAUGCUUGAAAGAUACAAAGAACGGUUAAAUAAAUGCGUGACGAUGAGUAAAAAGCUACUAAUAGAAAAGUCAAAACAGGAGAAGCUUGCCUGUCGAGACAAAAGUAUGCAGGACCGUCUGCGACUUGGGCACUUCACUACGGUGCGGCACGGAGCCUCGUUCACUGAGCAAUGGACAGAUGGCUACGCGUUUCAGAAUCUUAUUAAACAACAGGAGCGGAUAAACACCCAGCGAGAGGAGAUUGAGCGACAGAGGAAGCUGUUGGCAAAACGGAAACCAGCAGCAAUGUGUCAGAUACCACCUACAAAUAAUGAGCAAAAACAGAGGAAGAACAAAGCAAACGGAGCAGAAAACGAGACCUUGACUUUAGCAGAAUACCACGAACAGGAAGAAAUCUUCAAACUAAGAUUAGGACAUUUAAAGAAGGAGGAGGCAGAGAUACAAGCGGAACUAGAGAGGUUGGAACGAGUACGCAAUUUGCACAUAAGGGAACUGAAGAGGAUACACAAUGAAGAUAAUUCACAAUUUAAAGACCAUCCUACAUUAAAUGACAGGUAUUUGCUACUACACCUGUUGGGACGAGGAGGCUUCAGUGAAGUGUACAAGGCAUUCGAUCUACAAGAGCAGAGAUACGUAGCAGUAAAAAUUCACCAGUUAAAUAAAACCUGGCGGGAGGAAAAGAAAGAAAAUUACCACAAGCAUGCCUGCAGAGAGUAUAGAAUUCACAAGGAGUUGGAUCAUCCCAGGAUAGUCAGAUUGUAUGACUAUUUCUCAUUAGAUACGGACUCGUUUUGUACUGUGUUAGAAUAUUGUGAAGGCAAUGAUCUGGAUUUCUACCUGAAGCAGCACAAGCUGAUGUCGGAAAAGGAAGGGCGCUCCAUCAUCAUGCAAGUGGUCAAUGCUCUGAAAUAUCUGAAUGAGAUCAAGCCCCCUAUCAUUCACUAUGACCUUAAGCCAGGUAACAUUCUACUGGUGAACGGAACAGCUUGUGGAGAAAUAAAAAUCACAGACUUUGGGUUAUCUAAAAUCAUGGAUGAUGACAGCUACAAUUCAGUAGAUGGGAUGGAACUCACGUCACAGGGAGCAGGGACAUACUGGUAUUUGCCUCCUGAAUGUUUUGUCGUUGGGAAAGAGCCUCCUAAGAUUUCCAAUAAAGUCGACGUAUGGUCUGUGGGAGUUAUCUUUUAUCAAUGUCUCUAUGGACGCAAGCCAUUUGGUCAUAACCAGUCUCAACAGGACAUCCUUCAGGAAAACACAAUUCUGAAAGCUACAGAGGUGCAAUUCCCUCAGAAGCCAGUGAACAGUGCAGAAGCAAAGGCCUUUAUUCGUCGCUGUCUGGCAUAUCGUAAAGAGGACCGAAUAGAUGUUCAGCAACUUGCCAGUGACCCGUACUUGAUGCCUCAUAUUAGAAAAUCAGUAUCCAGCACCAGCCCAGGUGUGGUUGCAUCAACCUCUGGAUCAUCUAAUAACAACAGUUCAAACUGAGCACGUAGACGAUCCACUAAGAGGGUACAUACACAAAAGGAGUACAGAAUCUGUACUGGUAAUAUCCUGAUUUGUACCAGGUGUUUUCUCUGUGUCUGUCCAGCGUGGGGAAGAACGUCCUCACAGAUUCUCUAAAGCGAGAUGGACAGAGACUGCGAUGCUCCAAGCUGGAAGUAAGGAGGCGAUGGCAGAGGCUGUGAAUCAUGGACCAUGACUGAUGGCUGCUAAUGAAAAGGACAAUGAUCAGAAUCUGCAUCUUUCUCCCAUGUCCCUUGGCUGUUGCUCAGACACAGCCAUGAACUGAAAGUGGCUGUGUGCUGGAAGAGAGUAAACAAGAUGGGUGUUUGUUUUUAAAUGCUUCUAAGAUAUCUUCUACCUGCACCCCCCCCCCCCCCCCCCCCCAUCCCAAACGCACACAUGGGUGCGCACACGCGCGCACACACACAAAUCCGUGUGCGCACUCUUCCCUGCCAACCUGCAAAAUGAAUUGGUGACAUCUGUUCCACAUUGAGCACAAAUAUGGGGACUUGAUUGUUCCAAAGUUUGGAGUUGCCUGUCGGUGCUGGAGGCUAUUUUUGAGUCAGAUACACACACCGUCCUGCUAAUCUUUCUUAUAUAAAAAAAAUUGGACUUUUUCUGUUCCUCAUCCUUCCCACGCCACCACCCCAUGCUCCAUUUACUUUCUGACUGUUUCUCUGUUGCUUUUUCUUGCACUGUUCCUGCGGUACCUUAAUAUGUUGCUCACUUUCUGCUCAAGUGGAUGUAGAUUGAGACACAGACAACACUAAGGCUUUGAGGAACCUGCAACAGGAAAAGUACCUUGAAUUGACACAGACAUCUCUUUUAGCCUCUUUUUGUCUGUUUUUUUGCUUUCUCGUCAUUGAUUUUUUUUCGAUUUAUCUCUCUUGCUUCUGUUCCCCAAACCUGGCAAUUCACUUCUGCUUUGGCAGGCUCCUGCUUUCUGAAGGUGUAUUCUCAAUUCAGUUGGCAUUUCUAUGAGUGUAAUAAUAUUUGUGAUCCACUGUGGGUUUCCAUCUAAUUUUUUUAAAUUUUGAGUUAAAUAACUAAAGAUAUUCAUCUGGCAAAUUGCAGUGUCUGAUUUCCACGUAACUUGUUUUAUUUUCACUUUUCAGGAAUAAAUCUUUCAGGGUGGGAUGUUGUCUUCAUACACUAAUAGUUCAAGUUCAGAGAAAUGAACUAUGAUGGUUUGCGGUCUAGCUCAGAUGAGUAAAAUAUUGCUACCAUUUGGUGAUCUCACGUCCCUUUCCACAAGUGCAGGGACCAUGCAUUGUUGUGUAACCAAACAACCAGUUAACACCCUAAAUACUGAUCACAGACAAACCUACCUUGGGACAGGGUUUGGCCGCCGUCGGUCAGAUGUAUGAAAAGCACCCCACCCUUAGGAGAUACUUGAAUUUCUGGAUAAGCAGAAUACAGUUCUUGAACACUUUCUCAAAUAUAAUACCAAACAUUCCUUUUUACCUUGAGUUUGAGGGAAAAGUAGCAACAAAAAGUGUGGAGUUUUUUUUAAGGAGUAAAUUUCUUAUUGUAAUGGAGUAAAAUUUCGGUUAAAUGAGACAAUUUCAACUCAGCCUAAUAUCAGAGUCUUGCAGAACAGAAUGAGACCACUUAACCCAUCAUGCCUGUACUGCCCCAGUUUUGUUUUGUUUGUUUGGUUAGUUAAUCCAUUUGAGCAGCCUUGAAUGAAAUUAUCAUGUUUGUUUUCACUGAAGUAGAAUGAAGACUCCAUAUUUGCAAAAUACACUAUAUGCAUAUUGUUUUUCCUUUAUAUUGAGAGCCACUAUUGAUUUCUCAGUCAAGGUUAACUUCAUCUGAACAUUGAUGAUGCUCAUCCUUUUCUGGGGAGAAUAGUCUUGUUCCUAAAUUCUGACUAGGUGCAGUACACCAGAAAUCUUGGACAACAGUAACAAAUGGUGCACUGGCGUCCAAAGUGGAUUUGCUUAGAUUUGAGAGGGAGGGUGCUGCGCUCUUAAUCGCAUCAGUUUUCUCCCUCACUCUGCCUUCCCAUUUGAUUCCUUUAUCUUUCAUUUUCCGUCUGUAACAUUAUCCUGUUCCUACUUUGAAUGAGUAUGACCUUUCUCAGUGGGUCUCACUGCAUCACUGUUGCUUAUCCACCUCCAGAAUUUUUAUCAGCAAGUUUCUUGAGGUCACAGACUAGCCCCUAAUGAGAUAUGUAAGUUUCAGCCAAUGUCCUUGCACACAGUACACCUUUGUUACCUGGAAUCAAUCUAUUAACCCUCAUUCCAAACCAGAGAAUGUUUAAGGAUCCUCCUUUUAUUAAUAGGGAGCAAAUACGUCUUUAUUUUCACAUUGAGUAUUUUGAUCUUAACUUUUCACAGUGGUAAGAUAAUGUGUGACGAAUUAACUUUCCCUCUGGUUUCGCAUAGAAUUCAAAUCCAAGCCUGUUCAGACAAGGAUAUUGCUACACUACAAAACUAGAGUGCAGCUUUGUGUGGUGAAUUCUGAUGGAGCAUUGAGAAAAUUAGAUGGUGAAAUUGCUUAUUGUGGAAUGUACUACUUGGGUUGGGUACAAGGGAAUUGUAAUUUCACAAAACUUCGUGCAAGUUUACCCAGUAACUUGUAACCUGCUUGAAGGGAUUUUGCUACAAAUCCUGCUAGUCAAUGUUAGUCAACAAAAGCUAGGCAGAAUCUCAAGGUUACAAAUUAUUUAACUUUGGAAUUGUUGCUAAAUGUUGCAGUGGCCUGGCUUGAUGGCAUUUGGUUCCAAAAAGUGAAGGUCCGCAUAAUUGACUGUAUUGAAGCUUUCUAUUGAAGUCUUAAGCUCCCAUAUCUGACUUGGAUCCUCUCAAGAUUAAGGCAUUGCCUGGAGUGGCAUCUACAGAAGCUCUUCCUUAUUGAAAUAUGGAAAAAGUGACUACUUAAGACAAUAAGUUAUUAAUUUGCUUAAAUAAAUUAGAUUUGUUCCUCCCUCAAAUUAAACUGAAGUUUCCGAGUUUGUAGACAGCUACAGAAUCGUUAUGCCAUUGUUAUUGAAGGUAAGGGAACUUUGAGGAUAUAUGGUUAUUGCCAUCUGGUUUUGUUCAGAAGUUACAUUGGUUCUGCAUGCAAAGUAAAUGUUCAUGUCCACGUUUAGAGGGUGCAGGAAUAAAGUAAAACAGCAAACCAGUCUGGUUGAUCAUUAACACUAAUGUUGGUCUAGAUUUAGUGGCACUGUCUGUGCAGAACAUUUUUAAUAAGUCUCUAAUUGAGGUAGAAUCAUCCACACUGCUACUAAUAUACAAUAGCCAGGCUGCAUUCUCUAGCUGUCCUCUAAAACAUCAUUAAGGACUAACAACACUGGACUAGUCAAAUGUCUUUUCUGUUUUUUUUUAAAUUAGGUUCAACUUUUAUAUUGAUUUUAUUAAAGGACUAAGGCAAAAUAUUGCACAAUUCAUCUCCAGUAAAAUGCAGUUUGGCAGUCUGUGGUAAUCACAUUUGGUUGGCUUGUGAAAUAAGUCGUGUUUCGUUUUCUUAGAAAAUCAUUAUCUGAAAUUAUAGGUCCUAUGCAGACAUCCUAGGGGGAGCGGCUCAGAUAGAGGUACAUAGUCUAGUUCCUGGUGACUUGCAACCAGAGGGUGCAACUUUCAAAGGCACUUCUGCCUAGUUAUUUAGGAUUGGUGCUUGUAUUCUUGAUAACAAAGCCUUUCUAAGAAGAAGUAAUUUUGACUGUAGCUCUUAGUAUUGCUCCCAAAUUUCUGGGAUCGUACUUUUGUUUCUCUUGAGUCUGAAAUGAUGGUGGAUUGUGGAAGGAAGGAAGAUCAUAGUAAAAUUGAGGUAGACUGACUUUUGUCCAAAGCCGAACACAAACUGGAAACUUUGCAUUCUCUGGUCAUAAUCUACUUGGAGAACUUGUUCACAUAAUCAUUAAUCUAGUUGUCACUGUGAGCAGCAGGCAUUAUCAUUCUGAAGCAAACAUUCUCCCAGAAAUAGAAAUCUACAAUCAAAACAAGAACAUUGUCUCGGAAUAAAUCUUAAUAUCAGCAGAGCAAGAUUAAAUUAUGUUUUUGGCCCAGAAAAUGUUAAUCCAUCACAUCAGAUAGAUGGUAUGAACAGCAGAAAUGGAUCCCUGGAAAAUGUCUAAAAAUAAGGUUUGUGCACAUCCCUUUUCAGUGGGUCAACACAACUCUUUUGCACAGUUGGUCAGUCUAUGUGUGAGAGAUCAGAUUUUAUUAUUUCUCCAGGAGAGUGAGAAUACAGUCAUGUUCUGAAAACCUGUUUGCUUAGGGUCACCCUGUUUUCACUUAAAGAUCUGGAUUGUUUUGUUUUCCCCAUCACCAACUCACCCAUCUAUUUAACAUUCAUUUCACCUUUCAAUAUUUAGGCAUGUGCAGCUAAUGGAAGGUGAUGUUUUGCACAUUAUUGAUCAGCCGUUAAAAGAUGUGGUGCAAAUAUGUGUUGCCAACUAAUUCCUCACAAAAGUUACUCUUGUACCUUUUUCUAAUAAUUUUAAAUAUUUUAAAUACUGGAGCUGCUUUUCUUCGGGGAGGAGACCUUGGUGCUUACAGACAAAUCAUUCUGUUUGCUCCUGUUCCAAUAAAUAUCCAACAGAGUUAAAGAUGUUCUUAGAGUUCAUAGGUUAUUAUGGUGGAUUUCAUGAGAACUUGAUAAGUCUUUUUAGCAGAUUGGAAAGUUAAUCCAUUUAACACUGAUUGUAAUACCCUGCAGAAGUUCCAUCACACAAGGUUGAAAAAGUACAAGAUUUUCUUAGUGGGUUUAGUCAGUCCCCACUAUAUUGGGUUGGAUCAUAUAUAAUCAUUUUAUUUUCUGGAAACUAUUUUCAGAUGAGGAUUAAAGUAACUCUGAUUUUAUUAAAACAAAUUGGUGUCAAAUUUUUGGAUCCCAGUUUUUAAAUGCAUACUGCUUUAUGGAAAACACCCACGUUUUGUUUGUUCCAUCUAUCACUUCUUUUCGGUUUGAAAUUUUAUGUUCUCCAGUUCAUUCAUGCCUGGCGAAUAAUCUUGGAGUAACUCCUUCUCCUCCUCCUCCUCUUCAUCCUCAUGUUAUUUUCCCUUUCCUACCCCAAUUUACCCACAGAUCCCCAAAGGUGCAACCCACAGCUAAAUCCUUCUGCAGUCCCCUUAUGGCUGAAUGUCAUUCAGCACUUACACAUGUGCAGAAACUUUGGUUUUUGAGUGUUCCUUUCAGUUUAUUUCAUUGCAGCUAGUUUAAACACUGUGAAUAAUUCCUGGUUUGAUAAGCUUUCAGACCAGUUUAUUUCUCCCUGUGGUUCCUCUUUCCAACUAUUCUGUUUUUUUUUAAAUGAAAUUUGUACAAAUGCCUCUAUUUAACUGUAUACUGUAGUGGUAUGAUGACGAUUCUGAUUUCAACUACAUGAGCCUCUCCUAGACUACAGCUUUACUUUUAAUGUACAAAAGAUAAACAAAAUGAAGGGGUGAGUUUAAACCGGUACGGAUAUUUUCUUUUGAAUCAAAAGGAAGGUACCAUGGAGCCCCUGUGAGUAUGUGUCACUGUGAAAUACAUGCUUGGUUAAUGACCCAGUCUGUGGAUGAGGGUUGCUGUGUAUAUUUCAAUAAAUUGUAUUGCUUUGACUGUGCGGAUUCCAAACCGUUAGAUGUCCAUUGAUAGCUGCUGCAGUGUAGAAAUUGUUUCUUUUAUUCAUCUGCUAAUAAAUUGAAACUUAUAACAUUUUUU